AUGUCAGUACCAAGAAGAAAAGCAUGUGUUCCAUGCUUCAAGUCUAAGGUACGAUGCGAUCAGAAGCGGCCUUUUUGCGCGCGAUGCAUUCAACGCGAAAGUCAAGACCAGUGCACUUACGCAUGGCCGAUUACUCAAGAGCAAAGCAAUGCUUCCCAGUUGACGAAAACCGGGGCUGUCCAAGAGCGAGCGGAGGAUUAUGCGGGUGAGUUAGAGUUGAGUCCAAUUGAUGUUAGACCAGCGGUCUUUCAGUGCUCUCAAAACGAAAAACAAGGUGAAAGACGAGAAAGUGAAUCUCUGAAUCAUUCGACGCAGCCAAAUCACCAACAUUCUGACACCACAAUAUUGGGGCCAUUGGAAGUUUUGCAAAACGAGAUUCCUGUACUUUUUGAGAAUCUAGACCUGGUUUGCACAGUAAACUCCGAUGAAAUACGAAAUCGAUGGCUUAAUGCAUUCGCUCCUCCUUUAGAUCAGACAGUGAAAGCAUACCCACCGGGCGUUGUGGUUUUUGUUUCUCGAAUGCUCAAAUCGUAUACCUCAAUGCCGUCCCGACAGAAGGUGAUGCCACCUUUUGUCCAUCACCUUCAACAACGCUCGUCAGACGUUCCUGAUUCAUUAGCUAACUGUUUUAGUCUUCUUAAGCUUUGCGAAGGGAGACUCUCGGCCAGUGAGCCUGCUAUAAAACGUUUUUUCAUGCAAGAAAUGGAUCGAUUGUACGCACAGUACGAAUCCUACGAUGAAGCCAAUCUAGUGGCAGCUUUCCAGGCGUAUCUCAUCUAUUCUAUGACUAUUUUCUUCGAAUUCCGCGAAAACGAAAGCAUCGGUUUGCACAAUGCCAUAGUUAAUCUGCAAAAAAUUGCCAGUGAGGUUUCUUUGCGGGGCCUUGUUUGUGCAGCUGAAUUGAAAGGAAUCAGACCUAAAUGGGAGUCCUGGGUUUUGGCCGAGGCGAAAAGAAGGACAUUAUUCACAAUGUACUUGUUUGAUAGCGUCUUGUGUGCUCAUGAUAACUUGCCCACAUUCCUAGCAAAGGAGCUUCAAGGCGUCUUGGCGCCCUCCCAACAAAACUUAUGGGCUGCUGAGAGUAGGAAAUCCUGGAAUGAGCAUUAUAACGAUUUUUUGUCAGAGUGGGGUUCUGAGGGUCCAUUGCUUAUUGACGAAUUAUGGCCCAUAUCGAUGGAAGCAUCUGAGGUACAGGUGAAAGCGAGACAAAUACGAAUAGAUAAAUGGCUUGCUGCAAUUGACAACUAUGGGACGAUGCUUUUUGCCGUCACGUCAUGCACACAUGAUGCUUAA